CGCAACCUCCCAGCUUCCAUUUCUCUCUCGUCGUCACAACGGUAGUUUUUCUCCCUUUCCUCACCAGACAAUACAAUGGCCACCGCCAUAUCUCGCAUGUCCAGGACUGCCUUCGGGGCUCGGGCGGCUGCUGACCUCAUUCGCCGCGCUUUUGCAACUGAGGCUACGAAGACUAUAACGCCGUCCGCUGAUCGGGUGAAAUGGGAUUACAGGGGCCAGAGGCAGAUGAUACCGCUUGGUCAAUGGGCUCCGAAGGUCGCCGUUGACGCCUACGUGGCGCCUAACGUGAUCUUGGCGGGACAGGUUACUGUCUGCGAUGGGGCCUCUGUCUGGAGCAGUUCUGUUCUGCGCGGAGAUCUCAACAAGGUCACUGUUGGAUUCUGCUCCAACGUCCAGGAACGCUGCGUCAUCCACGCCGCCUGGUCGUCUCCUACAGGACUUCCGGCCGAGACAUCUAUCGAGAGGUUUGUUACAAUAGGUGCUUACUGUCUCUUACGGUCAUGCACAAUUGAGCCAGAGUGCAUUAUUGGGCAGCAUUCAAUCCUUAUGGAAGGGUCCUUGGUGGAGACACACUCUAUUCUUGAAGCUGGAUCUGUAGUUCCCCCAGGGAGGAGAAUUCCAACUGGUGAGCUUUGGGCAGGAAAUCCAGCAAGAUUCGUGAGGACUCUGACCCAUGAAGAAACCUUAGAGAUCCCUAAGCUUGCUGUUGCAAUUAAUGAUCUGAGUAAAAGCCAUUUCUCAGAGUUUCUCCCUUACUCGACUGUAUAUUUGGAGGUUGAGAAGUUUAAGAAGUCCUUGGGUAUUUCCAUUUAAUGGUUUCUGUCUUGCGUCUGCAUAGUGGAUCAUCAGAAAUUUCCUUGCAAGGAAAUAAGCACCUCCAAAACAUAAAAGGCAAGCAUUUGAGUUUUCCUUGUAGCUUUUCUGUUUCCUCGUCUCUGUAAUUUGAUUUUGCUGGCUGUGUUGCGAGCUUCAAUCAAAUAAUUAUAGUGAAGCACUUGUUUCAGAUUUUUUUUUUUUUUUUCUUUUUUGAUGAGGCACACAUUGUUUUGCCACACUCCUUGCUAGAUAUUGUGCUUUGGUGGUGCCUUGCCCAGGCAAUACAAUACUUUUGGUUUAUAUUAUCCAUGAAACUGAAGGUAGCUUCUUGACUGGAUAUUGAGUUUAUUAUUGGGCAUGAACGUCUUCCCAGCACCCAGGACUAUGAGGGAGUUUAUGGUUUCUUGAGUUUGUACCAAAUAAAUGUAAUUUGUGAUAUAUAUCUUAUUUCGUAGAGAA